GAGCGGCACGGAGAGAGGCGCAGAGGACGCAGCGAAGCCAUCCACUCACUCAUUCACUCAUUCAUUCAUUCAUUCACUCACUCAUUCAUUCAUUCACUCACUCAUUCAUUCAUUCACUCAUUCAUUCCGUUGUUUGUUCUCCAGCAGCAGCAGCAUUAUACCCAUCGACAACAGCAAACAUCUUCGUCGUCGGCACUACCACCACCACCACCACCGUCAUUGGUGUUUGCAGGCCUCUGCGAUAGAGAUUGAGAGCGCGAGUUGUGGUUGAGAGAAGAGAGGAGUUGUUGUGGUUGAGAGAGAGACCGAGCUAAGAGAGGAGGUGGCGAGGUCGCGACCCCGUUGGCCGAGAUGAACCCGGCCGACCCGCCCGCCGACUCGCCCCCCGUGCUCAUCACGGACGCGGCGGGAGGGCGAUCAUUCAUCCGCGGGCGACUACUCGGCAAGGGCGGCUUUGCGCGGUGCUAUGAGGCCACGGACACGGCCACGCAGAAGGUUUACGCCAUCAAGGUCAUCCCACACUCACGCAUCGCCAAGCCCUACCAGCGCGAAAAGGUGGAGCGCGAGGUGGAGCUGCACGGGACGCUGCGUCACCCCCACGUCGUCCGCUUCCACUACCACUUCCAGGACGCGGAGAACGUCUACCUCCUGCUGGAGCACUGCAGCCGGCGGUCGCUGGCCCACGUGAUCAAGGCGCGGAAGUUCCUCACCGAACCCGAGGUGCGCUACUUCCUGCAGCAGAUCGUGGCGGGGCUCAAGUACCUCCACGCAUGCGGAGUCGUGCACCGUGACAUCAAGCUGGGGAAUUUCUUCAUCACGGAGCGAAUGCAGCUCAAGAUCGGAGACUUUGGCCUCGCGAUAAGGCUCGGCGAGGGAGUGGAACAGAAGAGGACGAUCUGCGGGACUCCCAACUACCUCGCUCCGGAGGUCCUCAACAAGCAGGGCCACGGGCGCGAGGCCGACGUGUGGGCGUUUGGCUGCAUUGUCUACACGCUGCUGGUGGGGCGCCCCCCGUUCCACGCGGGCGAGCUGCGCGACACGUACCGGUGCAUCCGCGAGGCGCGCUACCCGCUGCCCGCGACGCUGGGACACUCGGCACGCUCGCUGCUCGCGGCGCUGCUGCGGCUGGCGCCCGGCGAGAGGCUGGGCCUCGACGGCGCCCUGCAGCACCCCUUCUUUACACAGGGCUUCACGCCGGAGCGACUGUCCAGCAGCUGCUGCCACUGCCCCCCCGACUUCCCGCAGGAGCUGAGCCCCCCGCGGGCGCUGCUGGUGCGGGCACGGGACCUUAUCUUCGGCAGCGGCGGCAGCGGCCGGCGAGACAAAGCGAGCCGCGACGCGGCACCCGCCGACGGAAAGCCGGAUGAGUCGCUGUCCGAGGAACUGGCGAGGAGAACCGCGCUGCUGCUGCGUGUCAAGGAGGACGACACCGGGAGCAAGAAACCGCCGCUGUCGCCGGUCCCCACGUGGCUGCAGUGGAAGUGCCGCGCCCGACGCCGCGACUCCUGGGUGCGCGAUGCCCCGGGCUUGCCGCAGCAAUCCGGCACGACCGCCACCUCGCCACGAUCCGGCAUGACACCACCACCUGCCACCUCGCCACGAUCUGGCACCACCGCCACCAUCACCGCCACCGUCACCGCCGCCACGACAACAACAGACUCCCCAACCGCCGCCUCUCCGCCACGCGGCGGUGCCACCACCGCUGCCGCCACCAGCACCACGCCGCCCUGGGCAAGCGCGAGCCAAGCGGGCGCCGCCAUGCCGCCGACAACGCCGCUGACGCCGCUCCCUGGCGCCGUGAGGAUUGUGAGCGCGGCCACGCCGCCCCCCUCCACAGACUCGAUAGAUUUCAUGGGAAAUGACACUCUGCUGAGCAUCACCGACACCUUCCUGGAGCUGCUCAACCAGUGCCUGGAGUCCACACAGAUGGCGCCGCGCUGGGAGGAGGUGGCGGCACCCGCGUCACCGCCGGGCGCCGAGUCCCCGCCGCUGCUCUGGGCGGUCAAGUGGAUCGACUACUCCAACAAGUACGGCUUCGGAUACCAGCUGUCGGACCGCAGCGUCGCCGUCCUCUUCAACGACGCCACGCACCUCCGCCAGCUGCACGACCGCAGGACGAUCCACGCGUGCGUGCGGGGGCGGCUCAGUGUGCUGCUGGAACCCCCUGGGCCGGAGGUCGCGGCGCCGCUGUCGACGCACGCCAGCGUCCUGCGCUACCUCGCACGCUACAUGCAGGACAACCUGGUGGAGGGUGCUGACCUCCCGGCUGACCCGAGCGAGCUUUCGGACGGCCCGGAGCCCGUGCUGCUCAAGUGGAAGAAGACCGACUCCGCCAUCCUGCUGCUGUUCAGUCACCACGUCCUGCAGGUGAACUUCUUUAGCGACCACACGAAGGUGAUGCUGAGCCGGCACGCAGGCGGCCGGUGGCUCCUGACGUUCGUGAGCGAGGAGCGCGCCGUGACGACGCGCCCCCUCGACUCGCUGCACGCGCAUGGAGUCUCUCCCGCGCUGCGCAACCGCCUGCAGGUUGCGCGCAAGCUCCUGCGGUAGCCACUUCGCCCGCCCAUCUGCCUCGUGCCCUUGAGCGCGCGUCUCGAGGCUGGCUGGCUCGCUCGCCCGAUUGAUUAAUCGGUGGUCACGGAUUCGUCGAUUCGUUUUGGAGAACGGUGUUCAAUUUGGUCGUCGGUUCUUUCGGCCGCCAUCGUUCAGCGACCGAUGAAGUCGUUAUUGAUACGUUCAUCGGCGGGCUCAUUAAUUUGUUUUUGUGCCCAUAUUCGAUUUGGUCGAUUUACCAAGUUGUGUAUUUAUCAGUCGAUUAAUCGUUUGUUUACUUGUUGUCGUCACGACGCUCCAGUAGCCGACUCGGCCAUCUGGUUGCCCAAUUGAUACGUCCCGUGACCGAUUCAGUCCAUUGAAUUUUUUUCCGUUGAUUUUAAAUUUAGCGAUCCGUUCGUUCAGCGCCUUCAUUGAGUGACUCGUCAAUGUAUCCGCUCACCGACUGAUUCGUUCGUUCCCUGCACUCGUAGCGACGCGUAGAUUUUAAAAAAUCGUUUCUUCCGCUCGCCCGCCUAUGACCGUUAAUCCUGAGAUUCGUUUUGUUUACGAGUUAUUCAAAGUGAUAUGCAAACUGAGGGCCAGUCCCCUCGGUGGAUGCUGCCGAGGAUGGGGGUGGGGGGGUGUGCAAGCCACGUGGUCUGUACCUCCAGCGGAGCACCAGCUACUAGACGCUAGCAUAGCAAGUAGGUUGGUAAACUAACUCCGUUUGUGGAGUUUUUCAGUGCAAUCCCUGCACCCCCUCUCCCAGAAAUGCCCAGCAUCCCUCCCACACUUUUUAAAAAUAACGCUAAAAAAAAUAACUUGCCCAAACAUGAUCCCCCGUGGCGGGGUGGGGGGGGACAUCCUCUUGCAAAGGAGUCUUAAGACUCCCCAAAGGUCCCUCCCUUGCGUAGACACUUUACAUUAGUUGGAGUUAACUUAAAAGCCAAAACAAAUGCAUUAUUGUCAACAGUCUUUGUUAUCACGUGCGGUAUUAGAUUAUCCGGGCCAGUUUUGUUACAAUUAUUAAGUUACACCGCAGGAUUGCGGGAGGGGGUGGUGGUGGUGGCUUGGGGGGAGGCCUUAAUCUAGCAGUGGAUUGGCCAUGACUAAUGCGAAAAUAAAUUUGAAUUAUAACUAGCAACCUAAACCCACAGAUCAAUUGGAAGUCUGGCCGUCCCUCGCUCCAGCCAAGUCAGCCCAGCCAGCCAGCCAAACUUGUAAAUAAAAUAGUCGUAAAGUCUGCAGAUAUUUUCAUAGUUUCCUGUGAUGGCAAAGGCCUGUUGUAGGCCGUGUUCUCACAAUGCAUUGCGUGUUGUGCGAGGGGUGGGGGUGGGAAUCUGCAGCCGUGCGGAUGACUGUUGAAGUUGAAUCUAAUCGAUUCGUAGACUUGGGCUACUCACGUUGACAAUUCUUUAAUCGGAGUUGUUUUAAACUUUGAUUUAGAGAAGACGGCCUCCUUUUGUGGCCUAGUCACGGCAAAGUCUGUUUGUUAUACCAAACCUAGGGCCAACGCCAAUUAUUUCACGCAGUAGCCAUCAAGUUGAACGCUAAAUAGUCUGGGAGGUCGUGUAGGUAACCAUUUUCAAGAUGUUGCACUUUGUUAUAAAUCUCCUUUGGGUCUAAACGGGUCUCUUUUUAUACUUGAUGACGAAAACCCUGUUACUGAGGGAGUUGUAGGCCUCGGGUGAAGCCUGUGUUGG